CCCAUUUUUCCCAUUGUUGACCGGUCCUUAUCGUUAUCUCUUUCGGCUUGGGAGGUUAAGGGCUUUUCUCUUUGCGAAUGAAGUUUCCAAGCUUGAUAUAAAUACCUACGUGUCGUCAAAAUAAGGGGCCAUUCCAUAACGUGAGGACCAGUAGUGCGAAUUGUCUGAAGUCGAACGUAACAAAGCUUUCAAAAUUCUCAGCGUCGACUAGGUAUGGAAAAGCAGUCGAAGACCGAUCCUGAUCUCCCUGACACGGGAGGAAUCUACAUUCGGCCCACCUCAAACACCGACGAAGAGAAAGCAUCUGUUAGCAAUGAUCGGCCGGAGAGCCCAACUACGUUGCCAAAACAGUCGGCGUUCAAGUCACUUGGCUGGUUAGACCGUUUCCUUGCCAUCUGGAUCCUGCUUGCCAUGGCAACUGGCAUUAUCUUGGGCAAUUUUGUACCGGAAACAGCUGAUGCCUUGCAGAAAGGCCAAUUCGUUGGCGUCUCGGUGCCGAUAGCUGUCGGGCUACUCGUCAUGAUGUACCCCAUCCUCUGCAAGGUCCGGUACGAGACCCUGCAUGAACUAUUCUCUCACCGAGGUAUCUGGAAGCAGAUUGCAUUCAGCGUCUUUAUGAAUUGGAUCGUAGCCCCGUCCCUUAUGCUAGCCCUUGCGUGGGCAUGCUUACCAGAUAAGCCCGAGCUUCGUACAGGUUUGAUCCUUGUCGGCUUAGGUAGAUGCAUCGCAAUGGUUCUCAUAUGGACAGGUCUGGCUGGUGGUGAUAACGAGUACUGUGCUAUUCUUGUAGCCGUCAACUCCAUCCUCCAGAUGGUCCUAUUCGCUCCCCUGGCAGUCUUCUUCAUCCGGGUGAUCAGCCAUGAAUCCGGACCGCUUAAUGUUUCAUACAAGGUCGUCGCAACCAGCGUGGGGACCUUUCUCGGCAUCCCACUAGGCGCUGCUAUACUUACGCGUUUUGGACUGCGUGCUUUAGCUGGCCCGCAAUGGUACGAGAAGGUCUUCCUAAGAUUUGUCGCCCCCUGGUCUCUGAUCGGCCUGCUGUACACGAUCCUCGUCUUGUUCGCCUACCAAGGUCAGCAAGUCGUCCAUCAGAUCGUCUCCGUCCUACGAGUAUCUGUCCCACUCAUAGUGUACUUCAUCGUCAUCUUUUUCUUAACUCUGUGGACUACACAUCGGUGCGGAUUCGGUUACGCUCUCGGGGCUACCCAAAGCUUUACUGCUGCUAGCAACAAUUUCGAACUCGCCAUCGCUGUGGCUAUCGCGACUUAUGGGCCUAAUAGCGACCAAGCCCUAGCAUCCACUGUUGGACCUCUUAUUGAAGUGCCAGUUCUACUAGGCCUGGUGUAUGUCGUUAAACUUAUCGGGAAAAGAUGGGCCUGGAAGGACUAAAUAACAUAAUGUCGAAGCAAAUCCGGGAUCCAUAGUAAUUCUACAGUUCGUCCGCCCAGAUCUGGUGUUCCGGGCGAAAUGUGCACACGAAACCGCCUAGUAGAGAGAGCACUUGAAUUGUUUCGGAGCCUUGACGGUUCACGACUCCAUAUGCCUCGGUCGUGGACCAUUGGCCAUUAUCAUAACGCUAGAUCAAAAUCAUGACUUGUUGCCGAUUCUCGACGUUGAAUGUUUUGGAAAAUUGCACCCCUGGAUGGCCCAUGCUACGCUAAGCCCUACGGACCCGAGACGGUGGAAAGCUAAGGUUAAUAUGGCAUAGCGAACACCUCAUCUUAUGCUAAAUGAUAUAUAC